UCGAACUCCCGAUUCCGCUGCGAACCGCGUGCUAACAUGUGACGUUGCCCCACAUAUUUAACCAGAUCUGUUUACGCGUUCCCUGUCAUUUUAUUGCAACCUCACAAUUAUUCCUCACCUUCACCAUUUUUACAUGUUGUAAAUAUUUUUGCAUAUUUAUCCAACGACGUCCACCACUUCGGUACCACAGGGAAAGGCUACAGCCGGAGAUGGUUGUGAGCAGUAGGAAACUCUGAUCUCGAGAUACGGUGUGAAAUUGCGGAUUUUGUGCAGUGACUGUGCCAUCUGAUUACCCAUUAGAUAGACAUUUUUGCAACAACAAUUUGGGUUGAUUGGAUGUAACUGAAGUUGAUAAGUUGAUGUCCACGGUAUCAAGACAAGUGAAGAGAGUAUGUGAACAUGUAAAUUUUCCCUCCCCGUCGUGGUGUUUAUUAUGCUAAGUUAAAUUAAUAAAGUUAGUGCAGUGCUAAAAUAGGUGCGCUCCUUCAUACUCAUACCUCAACCUCAACAAUGAAACCGACAUCCUACAGAAGAUCAUCUGGACUUCUCGUCCUCACAUCGUGGUUAAUUAUUCUUUUGGAACUUUGUACAGUGUUUUCCGGUGGCGAUGCGGCAACUCAUGCAGUUAAAAGAUUCACGGGAUUGUACACCGGGCCGUACUUCGAUCCCACAACCACCACGAAUAUAACAACCCAAUUGGGAACGCACGCUUAUUUGCCGUGCAAAGUGAAGCAGUUGGGCAACAAAUCUGUGUCGUGGAUCAGGAGGCGGGACGCACACAUUCUCACCGUCGAUCGGUACACAUUCAUCGCCGAUGACCGAUUUCAGGCUUUCCUCGUCGAGGCCACCGACACCUGGACAUUGCAAGUUAAAUACGUCCAGGCGAGGGAUGCCGGCCAAUAUGAGUGUCAAGUUAGCACCGAGCCCAAAAUGAGUCACUUCAUCACACUAAAUGUUGUCGUGCCGAAAAUUGAAAUUCCUGGUGGAAACGAAAGAUUCGUGAAAACUGGCAGUCCAGUUCAACUGAAGUGUGUGAUCACCCAAUCGCUAGAAGAGCCCGCUUACAUAUUCUGGUACCACAACGGCGAACGAGUUCUGAAGAACGACAUCCGCAUGGAAAGGGAAGGGAGCGAGACAACAGUCAGCACACUUAUCAUAUAUCACACGCGACACGAGGAUUCCGGAAACUACACGUGCAGUCCUUCAAACCUCGAUUCCGCCAGCGUUUUAUUACACGUCCUAAAUGGUGAACAUCCGGCAGCGAUGCAACGAGGAAAGAAUUCAGCUUCGCCGAUUCCAGCUUGGUCCCAUCUUUCGGUAGGACUUGGACUAGCUGCUUGUACCCCACCAAGAUUCGCCAUCGCUGUAGCUCUCACUUUAGCCGCCCUCGCGGAGCUCCUAGUGACAUAAGCUGAGCGGCAGAAAAAGGCCGUCCCCAAUUUAGCCAAAGAGAUACUAAGGGCUUUACGAAAACAUUGUUUUUGUUGACAGUUCUUCGUUAAUUUUAAUUAGAUUUUAUAUAACUAAUUAAUAAAAAUGGAAUGAAAAACGUGUAUUAUAGAAAAUACAUACAUUACUUAUUAGACGAAAUUUUGUCACAAUAUAUAAUUUUAUUAAUAUUAGAUUAUUGUCUGGUUUUAAUUCAUUCUUAAUGCCGGACAGCAUAUUUACAACAAUUCCUUGUACAUAUAUAAAAUGUUUCUUUAUUUUUGUUUGUAUGUAUUUAUAGUUAACUAAUCACUCUUUGUAUGUAUAUUUGUAACUACAUGCACCUAAUUUUCCACAAUGACAUACAUUUACAUUCGGAAUAGUAGUAUGCUGUCUGGAUAUGAUCUCAACGUAUUUAUUUUAUUGAAUACGACUUAACUUGUUCGUAAACUGUACUACUCAUAAUAUUUAUAAGGAUGAAUACAGAACAAAAAAUAAAUGUUAUUGAUAUGAGUAUAUGUUGUGAUGAGUACUAAUAAUAUACUUAUAUUUUGUAUGUUAUAGAAAUCUGUAUAAUUCUAGUACCACAUUCGGUCGGUACUUAGUAUAUGCUAAAUAUGCAAUUAAACCUCAAUACAAACUAAAAUAAUGAACGACUUAAUAUAUAAAAUAUUAUUUAUUCACUGUUAAUAUGAAAAAGUCAGACACUUGCAUAUUUAGCUUGUAUAACUGAAAAAUGUUAUUGAUUUAUUUUAUUUUAAAAAAAGUCCCCUGUUUGAAACAGGCCGUUUUAUCUAAUAUAACUAAAACCUAUAAAUGUAAUAUUAUUUCUAUAAUCAACAAUUACAUACCUGUGCAAGAAAAGACUUGAAGCUGUUGAACCGUGGUGAUAUUGUUUUUGUAUAUAUUAACUAAUAAGUUUAAAAAGUGAAACUGGACACUUGUGAAUUAUUUAAGCCUAAAACAAUUAAAGGUGUGAUUACUUAGAUAAGUUUAACUAGUCUAUUGAUUCAUUUAAGUGAUAAAAAUUAGAAGAAAACUCAUACACACACAUGAGAUUGUGCGGUAUAAAAAAUAUUUCGACCCAUCUCUUCUUGUUAAGCGUUCGUAGAUCCAUGUUAAAGUUAAAGAAUGGGAAUAAAAAUCUGACUAACGGUGCUUCUAGACUUAAUAAAACAACUAGAAAUAAAAUAGUACAUGGAAAUUAUCUAUAUAACAUAAAAUCACUUACAUGAAUUGACACAUAAAUGUAAAAUGAAUAUCAUUGCAGUUGUAAUUCAGAGAGUGAAUGAGUUGAUAUGUAUAAAGUAUUUUUACUGCAUAUAAAUUUUAAGUUGUUAAUUUAUUUAUUAUUGUUUCCAUGAUAUGGCAACUGGGAUGUUCGUUUUGCAAAAUGCUGCGUAAUUUCUUUACUCAUGAAAUAUUGUACAUUAUAAAAGUCUUACUAGCGUUCAUAAUUCAGAUUAUAAUAAAAGAAUCCGCUGUUACUCAAUUCUGUGACAUUCUUAGUCUUUAGAACCUUUUUCUUUAUUUUAUAUCAAUUUCAUUGAUGUAUUUUAGAUAAGAGCAGAAUGUAACCCAACUUUAUGUUGAAUUAA